CUGGGACACCUCCCCGGUCUCCGAUCCUUGGUUACUCCCAUCUCGCCAUUCGGUGCAGCUAUACCCACCUGCUGGCUCAACCCGGGGCUGAAUUGGCAAUGGCACUGGCGCCAACAAGUCUACUCUCGUGCCGGCACGGAAACCAUAUCAGCGCUACCAUACUUAUUUGGCCAACCUACAGUUUACACCUCGUCGUUGGAGGUAGCACGACAGGUCGUCUCGAUCAAGGGCCAGUUCUUCAAAGAAUAUAGUACAAGCCAUAAGUUAAUGGCACCGUGCAGAGUAUGGGGUCCCAACGUGUUCGCAGCCAAUGGAGAUGAUUGGAAAAGGCACAUACGAAUCAUCGCACCUGCGUUCUGCCCGGCAACUUACGCCACCGUGUGGGAAGAGACUUCCCGGGUGUUCGAUGAAAUGGAGACCGAAGAGGGAUGGUUAGAAAGGUCGACUGUAGGUAUUCCUGCCAUUAACAGCUACACAUACAAGUUUGCUCUCAUCCUCAUAUCGGCCUGCGGCUUUGGUAAUCCGCUAAGCUGGACAGCCCGCGAGUCCUCCCCGGGUAGGAUGUCCUUUGCCACGGCCUUGGAAAUUAUUUCGAAGCACCACAUUGCACGAAUCCUUUUGCCUCAAUGGGCAUACAGUCUCCCCAUCAAGUGGGUACAGGAUCUCAGUACGGCGGUCGACGCAAUGAAUCAGUUCAUGCGGGAAAUGAUCAAUGAGCGUCGCAGAGAUUUGACUUCUGGCCACGUCAACCACAAAGACAUUCUUACGCUCAUGAUAAAGUCCAAUGAAGGAGAGGACAAGUUCAUGAUGGACGACUCUGAGCUAAUCGGAAACACAUUCAUUCUACUCCUUGCGGGUCAUGACACCACGUCCAAAACCCUUAACGCAGCUACUGGGUUCCUCGGUCUCUAUGAAAAUUUCCAAGAGGAGGUUUAUCGCGAAAUCAUGGAAGUGAUGCCUACUGACGCUGACGUUACUUUUGAGAACUCGGCACGUUUGACCAAGGUUCGCUCAUGCUUUUUGGAGGCAUCUCGCUUGUUCUCUGCAGUACAGAUGAUGAUACGCGAUACUACUGAGGAUGUGGUGUUAUCCAACGUUGGACCCAACAACGACGGACUUCUACCUCUCAAGCGUGAUACGUGUGUUGUGGUAGACUUGGUUGGCCUGCACUACAACCCUCGCUUGUUCCCAGACCCUGAGGCGUUCAAACCGGAGCAGUGGUACGACGCUCAUGAUAACGACCUCACAACGUUCUCAUUUGGCUCUCGUUCAUGUAUUGGCCGUAGGUUUGCAAUCGCGGAAGGCGUGUGCUUCCUAUCCAAACUACUCAGGCACUGGAAGGUGAGGAUUAUCACGAAAAAAGGUGAGACUAGGGAAGAGUGGAGACGACGAGUGAUGCGCGGCUAUAUGGACAUGAACUUGGGAGUACGCGACGUGCCCAUUCGUCUGGUGAGAAGAGAAUGA